UCCUGGGAGAGCUGGUAUAGUAAAUGCGGGGUCCUGGGAGAGCAGGUAUAGUGAAUGCAGAGUCCAGGGGAGAGCGGGUAUAGUGAAUGCAGGGUUUGGGGAGACCAGAUACAGUGAAUGCAGGGUCCGUGGAGAGCAGAUAUAGUGAAUGCAGGGUCCAGGGAGAGCGGAUAUAGUGAAUGCAGGGUCCGGGGAGAGCGGAUAUAAUGAAUGCAGGGUCCAGGGAGAGCAGGUAUAGUGAAUGCAGGGUCCGGGAGAUCGGGCAUAGUGAAUGCAGGGUCCAGGGAGAGCGGGGUCCAGGGAGAGGAGGGUAUAGUGAAUGCAGGGUCCGG